UCGCCACACACACGUGAGUUACUCUUGCGGAAAAUAAAACGUGCUCAGCAACACGCUGCUUUUUGUGCGGAGUUAACCCACUAAGUAAUUUCGGGACGAAGGAGGUUCAGAACUACUUGACUGCCACCGUGCAUAUUCAAGUGGUCGUUGUGCGUGUUGAAGCUUCGGAGCAUAGUUUGCUUAGCUUAGCUAAGCUUGCGAACACAGAACAACGUGGUUCGACGCUUGAACAUCAAGUUGGAGCCUCCUAAAGUGUGCAAAAUGUGCACAAGAAGAACGCCAGCCACAAAGUUUAAGGCUGAACUUUGUGCCGCAAAAGAUCAGCGACAACAUCAACUCUCUACUGCUUGCAAAAUGCAAGUAAAAGUUGUUCUUCGCAGACUACCAGGUUUCAGCAAAUAUCUUGGUCCUGACGCUCAACAGCUAAAGAGAGAAGUACAACUUUCAAUCAAAAAGGAGGAGGGCGAGCUGCCAUACGUUAAAGAGGAGGACGAUAUCACCAUGUCGACUGGUGAGCCUUUAAAGAGAGAGGAUGAUCCGAGUGAGGCCAGCAGAGGGACGGAGCCUCCAAGCAGCAGCUCAACGGAAGGAUCGCUAGCACACAUUUCCAUCGCACCAUCAGAUAGAAAUGGCGCCAUGUCACACUCAACUUACAAAGAUGAUGGUCAUAAAAAAUCUCAUCGUGACGACAAACUCUGCAAAUGCUCUCAGUGUGGGAAAACCUUUGUUAAUAACUAUAGUUGUCAUAUGUAUAGGAGGAGCCACACUGGUGAAAAACCUUUCAUCUGCUCAGUUUGUAGUCAAGGAUUCAGUCAUAAGAGUGCCUUAAAAGUACAAACAAGAACCCACACUGGUGAAAAACCUUUUUCCUGCUCAGUGUGUGGAAAAAGAUUCACUCAGAAGAGCGACCUAAACAAACACACAAGAACCCACACUGGUGAAAAACCUUUUUCCUGCUCAGUUUGUUGUCAAAGAUUCACUCAGAAGAGCGCUCUAAACACACACACAAGAACCCACACUGGUGAAAAACCUUUUUCCUGCUCAGUUUGUUGUCAAAGAUUCACUCAGAAGAGCGCUCUAAACACACACACAAGAACCCACACUGGUGAAAAACCUUUUUCCUGCUCAGUUUGUUGUCAAAGAUUCACUCAGAAGAGCGCUCUAAACACACACACAAGAACCCACACUGGUGAAAAACCUUUUUCCUGCUCAGUUUGUGGAAAAAGAUUUUCUCGAAUUCACCACCUAAAAGUACACACAAGAACCCACACUGGUGAAAAACCCUUUUCCUGCUCAGUUUGUGGAAAAAGAUUCACUCUACUUCACCACCUAAAAGUACACACAAGAACCCACACUGGUGAAAAACCUUUUUCCUGCUCAGUUUGUGGUCAAGGAUUUACUCAACUUCACCACCUAAAAGUACACACAAGAACCCACACUGGUGAAAACCCCUUUUCCUGCUCAGUUUGUGGAAAAAGAUUCACUCAGAAGAGCGCCCUAAACACACACACAAGAACCCACACUGGUGAAAAACCUUUUUCCUGCUCAGUUUGUGGUCGAUGUUUCACUGCAAAGAGAACCUUACAAAUACACACAAGAACCCACACUGGCGAAAAACCUUUUUCCUGCUCAGUGUGUGGAAAAAGAUUCACUCACAAGAGCAGCCUAAACAAACACACAAGAACCCACACUGGUAAAAAACCUUUUUCCUGCUCAGUUUGUGGAAAAAGAUUCACUCUACUUCACCACCUAAAAGUACACACAAGAACCCACACUGGUGAAAAACCUUUUUCCUGCUCAGUUUGUGGUCAAGGAUUUACUCAACUUCACCACCUAAAAGUACACACAAGAACCCACACUGGUGAAAACCCCUUUUCCUGCUCAGUUUGUGGAAAAAGAUUCACUCAGAAGAGCGCCCUAAACACACACACAAGAACCCACACUGGUGAAAAACCUUUUUCCUGCUCAGUUUGUGGUCGAUGUUUCACUGCAAAGAGAACCUUACAAAUACACACAAGAACCCACACUGGCGAAAAACCUUUUUCCUGCUCAGUGUGUGGAAAAAGAUUCACUCACAAGAGCAGCCUAAACAAACACACAAGAACCCACACUGGUAAAAAACCUUUUUCCUGCUCAGUUUGUGGUCGAUGUUUCACUGCAAAGAAAACCUUACAAAUACACACAAGAACCCACACUGAUGAAAAACCUUUUUCCUGCUCUGUUUGUGGUCAAAAAUUCGCUCGUAAUGAUCUGAUUAAAAGACACGUGUGUAUUGGUGUGAGAAGCAGUGGCCAAUGACUGUUUUGCCUGUCAUCCAUGCUGCCUUCAUCAGAUUGUACACGCAGGUCAAUUGUAGUCUGUAGAGUUUCCUCAAAUCCUGUUGAGGAUUGGCAGUAUUGGUGCCUUACAUGUGCUCUGUCUAAUCCUUGUAUGAUGUGGAUCCACAGUAUUGCCAAAAGUAUUGGCUCACCUAAUUUCACAAGUUGAGUGGCAUUAUUAAUACAAUACUUUCCCCAUUUUUCAGAACUAAUAUUUAAAACAGUAGACCCCAAAUUCCAACAAUUCUAAAUCCUUUAUCAAUAAUAUAAUUACAGAACUAUGGAAAAUUAUGAUUGGCUCACAAAUAUUAGUUUUUUGGGGAGGGGUCAUUAUAUGUAAUUUAAAAAGUUACAAUUACUACUCUUGAUUGACAAUGACAUAUUACGACUGAGUAUUGGGGCCAAAUAAGGGGCGGGAAAAAUGACUACCAGAUUAAAGUUGUACUCUUACUACAAGAAAAAACGUAUUAAUUUGGGGUAAUGUAGCUGAAUAAGGGGUUACACACUUUAUGUACAUGUACCUUAGCUGGGAGCUCUGACAAAGCAUCAGUAAAAUCCUUCCAUUGAUUAUAAAUUUAUGUAGAAGAGCUAAAAGAUAAGAUUUCCUUAUUUUGGAAACUGAUUCCAAAAAAACUGCCUCAAGAGAUGAUUUCAUUAUUGUUGACUUUAGUAGAGGCGGCAAAGCGCUACAGAAAAUGCGUGGCUGCUUAUUCAGCUACAUUACCCCUACUUAACAGGAUGACUAUCUUUUUCCUCCUAGUUACAGUACGACUAUAAUCUCAUAGUCUUCUUUAUUUUGCACUUAAACUUUGUCGUACAAAUCGGACAAUGAUGAUUUCAAUUGUUUUGUACUUGUAAUCAUUUCGACCCCCGUCGAUGAAAAUCUCUCGACUCUGCUUCGAAUUUUAAAGUGCUUGUACUUCAGUGUGCUUGUUAAUUUCAUUCAUGAUAAACAACUUGAUUUUAUUCGGUCCUAGCCUCCUGUUCGCUUUGUUCAGAACAAGCCAAAUUAUAACUCCAAACUAGGGUUGUAACCAAAACCAUUACUUCGUUACCAAGUUAACCAAGAAGAUUCAGAAAAUGUGACGGGACUGCCUUUUCUGCAUACCCGAAGUAUCGCCGGUACUGACGCAGCAGAUCUGGCCGCAUGUGCAUUUACGUGGUUUAAAAAAAAAAAAAA